UUCCCCUCUCCUCAAUCCCUCCCUUUCCUGGUUACGCAAACACAGAGCAGGCGGGAGAAACCGGGCUCCGUUCAGGGGGAGGUAGGAGCGCGGUCUGAAGGGAGCUCAAGCGCACCAGAAAAGCCUUUCGUUUUGCUGGCUGGAGGAACAGUACUUUAGCAGUUCUUUUUUGGUCAUGGACCGGUAUGAAGAUGUGUCAGAUUGUGAAGUGGAUCACUCCUUCUUUGAUAGUGAUUAUGAAGAAGAGGUGAAGAAAGAUAGAGCAACAACAAAAAUAGGUGGGAAGGAAAAUGGAGAAUAUGCACAAACAGAAAAUACAGGUGAAAGUAACCCUGACUUGAAAACGGAAACCAAAAUGGUGGAGGUUGCUUGUACUGAGGAAGAAAGGCAAGAGAAAGAGGCAGAAUCUCUUAAGGAGCACACGUUAGAGAAUGGUGCUUAUCAUCCUGAUAAUGAUGUGUCCUUGUUAGAAUCUUUAAAUUCAGACAAUGCAAGUACAUCUGGUAGAAUUGCAGUCCAAAGUGAAAGAACACAUGAAAAAAAUAUUCCAACCCUGAUUCCCCUAAUACAUAAAGAAUGUGAUGAAAAUUACUAUACAGAUGAAGAAGACAGCAGUGAUGACAGCAGAAACCAAAGGGUUAGACUUAAAUUGUCUAAGCAUUCUAAUAGUGCAAAGCUUAACAGGAAUAUUGCAGCCAGUUCCUCCUCUUCCUCUUCUCCAUCCUGUAGUUCCGAUACAGAUUGUUCAGACACAGAUUCUGAUGGUGGCUUGUCAGACUCAUCGUGCUCUUCUUCAAAAAAGAAAAGCCUGUGUAAUUUAGCGCUUCUUUCACCAAGACUAAAAUCUAGCCCAGGAAUCAAGUCAGUGGAAGUAAAACCAAAGUUGGGUGACUAUACAGAAGAGUCUGAAGAUACAGUAACUGAUGUAACUCCUCUGUCAACACCAGAUAUCAGUCCCAUCCAAUCUUUUGAACUUGCAGCAUCCAACGAUAAAAAACUAAAAGUUACAAGACAAGAAAAUGUGAGCCAGGACUUAUAUGAACCUGACUUGGAUCACAGAUGUCAGCAAAAGGUCCUGCAUGAAGCAAUGGAUUUGAAUCAUCUUUUGAAAGCUUUUCUGCACCUGGAGAAAAAGGAACAACAGAAGCUGAUGUUGGAUCAGUCCUCCCUAGGGUCAAGGAAAAACUACUCUUUCACAAAUGAGGAAGUGCGACAAAUUGAUCGGGAAAACCAAAGGCUCUUAAAAGAAUUGACAAAACACUCUGCAAAGCCCAGAAGCAAAAGUGUCUCACUGAAGAAAUCCUCAGGCCCGACAGCUAAGAUGUACCACAGCGCUAUCAACAGGCAGAGGGAACAGCAAAGGAUUGACAGAGAGAAUCUGGCUUUUUUGAAAAAACUUGAAGCAGUGAAACCAACAGUUGGUCUGAGGCGUUCAGAACAACUCAUGGAUUAUCAGCGGCAGAUGAGCUACCUCAGUGCUGCUGCUCCCACUCCAAGGCGAGGCAAGUCUGCUUUAAGCCACCACAGUCCUUCUCGAGGUGCUUCACGAGCCUCCAGUCACAGUGCAUCCAGUACGACCAGCCGAAGGAGUGAAAGACCUGUUUUUGACUCCUCCAGUGGAGCACUGCAGCGACUGAACCCCAGUAACAUUCGUGGUGCCUGGCUAUAAGUUAUUUGUACUUUACCACCAGAUUUCUAAUUCUGAUGUUUUUGCAGAUUGCUGUAAUUCAGUGCAAGAGUAUUGUAAUAUUCCCUGUUGGUAAUUAAAAGACACUGGAAAGUGACAUUAACUACAAACAGAUAUAAUAUCAAUGGGUGUGUUUGUUUUUGAGCAGGCAAAAUCUCUAUUAUAUUCGUUGGAUAGUAUCUUCCCAAUCAGUAUUUCCUCUUAGCAAGAUAUUUGUACAAGAAUAGUAGUAAUACUGUAAAUAUUAUUUAUAUUCUUCAGAACUCAAAUGAACUUCAGAUUUGAUAAUUAGAUGGUUAAAUUGCUGCACUUUUGGACCAGAAGUGUAAAAAUGUGUUUUUCAUUUUAAAUCUUACAAUAAAAAUGUGUGUGUUUAAUACCUAAAUCUUGAUUUCUUACAAUUUAGCUUGUAUAUUUUGAAUUUAGCAUAUUUUAUUUAUGCAAAGUCUUUCAACAUGAAUUACAUCCCUGAUGUUCAAUAUAAUAAUUUAUAAGGUCUUAUGGAAAUGGGAGGCAGAACAUAACGCUAUUCAAUUCAACUCCAUUACUUUAUGGUGAGUCUUGAAAUGAUGGUGGUCAACUGCAGGAUGCAGGACUUGAACUAAGUCCUUUCAGAUGAACUCGUGCUUUGCUUCUUCUCCAGUUCUGCAUUCCAAGGAUGUGUGUAUGUGUGUGUUCUUAUAAUUUCUCCAUGCUUAGGACUAAAAAUAUUUAAUCUUAAAUAUUCAAUAUUACUCGUAUCGUAACCAGUACAUUGGUUUUAUCCAUUGUCUCCUGUAACAACUUGACAAACGUGUCUUAAUUAAAAGAAGCUUGUGGAUUAAAUUCAGAACCUUGACAAUAGUUUUAAUGUCUUAAGCAGUAAAUAUUUAGACAGUAGUGUGGGAACGAGUGGUCUCUGUGAACUAGAGCUCUUUUGUUGACCUCGUAACAUGACCUUUGGAUUGCUCUGCCACUGUAAUGUAUUUGCUCAAUUAUGCUGAUUGAAUUGUUCUUUAAAGUUCCAUUAUUUCUUGAAUGAUGUACAAAUGAAGAGCAAUUUUUUGGGUGCACUUGUAAGUAUUCCUAUGGCAGUUUUUUUUCCCCUUGAUAAAAACCCACUGUAUGUGCUAGUUUUAAAUAGUGUCAUUACAUUUUACUUGAUUGGUUAUGGAAGACAUUUAAUUUGUAUUUCACUCUUUAAAGUUUAAGUAAAAUUAUUGAAUUAUAUCUGUGUUCAGCAUUGCACUUCCUUUCUGUGAAUAUUUUUUAUGAGUAUUGUAACAAAAUUAAAUAUAUGGAGGAAUUAUUUAAUAA